GUCAAAGCGAAUUUACAAUCAAAAUCUGAAUAUGACUCUUUCUUCUGUGGAACAUAGAAGAAGAUAUUUGGAGCAAUGUCAAUGGGGGUGGUUACCAACAUUCUUCAAAAUAUCUUCUUUUGUGUUCUGCAGAUAAAAUAAAGUCAUACAGGUUUGGAAUGACAUGAGGGCGAGGGAAUGAUUUAACAAUUUCCUUUUUUGGGUAAACUAUGCCUUGACUCAAGAACCCAGCUAUUUUGAAGGUCAACCAACUUCUCAGAGGAUUUCUAUAAAGAUAUCUCAUAGUUUCUUAAUUAAUUUAAAUAAAAAUAUACAAAAAUAAGGUAAAAAGGAUUUCAAAAUUAUUUCUAAUUGUGCAAAGUCUAUUAAUUAAGUUUUAUUAAUGGACUAAAAACAUAACCUGAUAUCUGAUGUUGCAUAGAAAUGCUUUUCUAUAAGGCUGAUAAAUGCAAUUGAAAUUUAUUAUGAACGUUUUUAAGUGAAAAUUGUAUAAUUUUCCAUUUCAGGGGACCCUGAGUAAAGUUGAAAAAUAUGGACGAUGAGCAACUACAACUUGUGGCUGAUUAAAUUGUUAAUAUACGUCUCUAAAUUUAGAAUACCUGCUUAUGAACUCAAAUAAAAUUAAUUCAUAUUAUAAAAAAGUAAAAUACUUUACCCAAAAAACUCAUACUCAUACCCAAAAAAUGAAAAUUCUGUCAUGCUUUACUCAUCCUCAGAAUUUUCAAAACCUGUAUAAAAUUAUUUGUUGUACUAAACACAAAGGAAGAUAUUUGGAAGAAUGUCAGUAACCAAACAGAUCUCAUCCCUCAUUGAUUUCCAUAGUAUUUUUUCCCUACUAUGGCAGUAAAUGGGGGAUGAAAUCUGUUUGCUGUUUAGCGCAACAAAGACAUUUAUACAGUAUUGGAACUAUGAUGACAGAAUUUUCAUUUUGGGGCGAACGGUCCCUUUAAUUUGUGAUUAACUUAUUUCAAAGUUAUUAUUUGCCCUCUAAAGACCCUUUAAACACAUCCCAUAAAGGUAAAGCUCACCAACAGUUCAGGACCAAAAGGCUGCAGGAUGUUCUCUUGAACGUAACACCUUCCCCUAUUUUCUUUACUCCAGAUUUCAAGAGCUUUAACAUUCUAGAAACUACCAGUUAGACCUCCACUACACCAGCUGUUAAAACCGCCUCCCCCUUUGGGUUAGUGUGGACAUUUGCUACUACAUUUUCUCAGCUGUCACUCUCUCGCUCCCAAAAUAGACCAUAUCACAGACAGUCCAUUUCACUUAUUCAAGGGAUCCCAACAUUCUGCGAUUUAAAAUGAAUUUCCCGUUACAGCAAUAAUAAAAUGCAUCAACAUGGCAUAAUAGAAAGACAUAAAAGAUAUAAUCUCUUGUUGCUGUUUGUAGGACGAAAUACACUUUUGCUUAUCAACAUGUGAGGUGAAUGGAGGCUGUCACCCCCUUCUGAUGUUAUGGUUGAACCCGUUAUUCUGGUAUGUCCCCCCCUGCUUAAAAGAUAUAUAAGUGAGUUUUGGGGGGCUGUUACAAUUGAUAAAACGAAACGCCGCCGGAAACAACUCAACCACACUGUCAAACAGAUUUCUUUUGAAAGAAGGAAGAGAUUUGACAUCAAUGAGGAUGGGAGAAAUGGGAGAUCCAGUCCAGUUCAAAGAAGAGGGCAACAACCACUUUCAGGCAGGAGAAUUCGACCAAGCCAUUGAGAGCUACACUAAAGCCAUAAAGUCUUGCAAAGACAAGAAAUCACUGGCUGUCAUUUACAGGAACAGAUCAGCUUGUUACCUGAAAAAGGAAAACUACAAAUUUGCAGCAUCAGAUGCUACUAAAGCGAUCGAUGUGGACGCAGCAGAUGUCAAAGCUCUGUACAGAAGAUGUCAAGCAUUUGAGAAGCUUGGCAAACUAGACAUGGCGUUUAAAGACGUUCAGAGAUGUGCAACCAUAGAACCUAAAAACAAAACCUUCCUGGAGACCCUCAGAAGACUCGGAGCUGAUAUUCAGCAGAAGCUGAAAACAAGCUUCUCUACAGACUCCAGAGUGCAGAACAUGUUCGACAUCCUUUUCUCAGAAGAAUCAGAUAAGGAAAAAAGAGAAAAGGCUGCAAACAACCUGAGUGUCCUGGCAAGAGAAGAUGCGGGAGCGGAGAAGAUUUUCCAGAACAAUGGAGUGCCUCUUCUUUUGCAGCUCAUCGACACAGGAAAACCUGAGAUGAUCCUGGCCGCCAUCCGGACCCUGUCAGGAAUGUGCACAGGCCACAGAGCAAGAGCCACGGCCAUCAUCCACAUGGUUGGAAUUUCCAAACUGUGCAGCAUUAUGGCUGUGGAUGAUGAGGAGAUUGCGUUGGCGACUGCGAACCUGUUCCAGUGCGUCUGUGACUCGCUGUCUGGAGCGGACAAGAGAAUUUACGGCAAAGAAGAGGCACUUGUGCUCGACUCCAGUAAGGACCUGAAGGACAUCCUGCUGGCCUUGUUGGAGAUGAUCGCAAGUAAAAACGUAUCAGGACAUGGCCGAGACCAAGCUCUGAACCUCUUGUCCAAAAAUGUGCCAAGGAAAGAUAAGAAAUUCACUGACCACUCCAAGUGUCUCUUCACUAUUGACCACGGCCUUAGAAAGAUUCUGAAGGUCUGCGGUCAGGUCCCUGAUCUUCCCGACCAGUUACCGUUGACGGAGAACACACAGCUGAUCGCCAGUGUGCUCCUCAACAAGCUUUACGAUGACCUGCGCUGUGACCCUGAGAGAGAUAACUUCAGAGAUAUCUGCGAUGACUACAUCAAGGGCAAGUUCGACCCCAAUGAUAUGGACAAAAACAUCCAUGCCAUAAAUACUCUGUCAGGCCUUCUGCAGGGGCCGUUUGACGUGGGAAACGCUCUGGUUGGCCGUCAGGGUGUGAUGGAGAUGAUGGUGGCCCUUUGCGGCUCCGACCGUGAGGUGGAUCAGCUGGUAGCGGUGGAGGCCCUCAUUCACGCUUCCACCAAAACCAGCAAAGCCUCCUUCUUCAUCAGUAAUGGUGUCUCUCUGCUGAAGGAAAUGUAUAAGAAAACGAAAAACGAGAAGAUUAAGAUCAGAGCUCUUGUGGGUCUUUGUAAACUGGGUUCUGCCGGAGGGGACGAUUACAGUAUGAGACAGUUUGCAGAAGGUUCUACAGAGAAACUGGCCAAACAGUGCAGAAAGUGGCUCUGCAACCCCACGCUUGAUGUGCGCACCAGAAAAUGGGCCAUAGAAGGUCUGGCUUAUCUUACCAAUGAUGCUGAUGUGAAAGAUGACUUUGUUGAGGAUGAACCAGCCAUGAGGUCUAUGUUUGAACUUGCCAAGUCAAAAGAUAAGACCAUCUUAUAUGCUGUAGCCUGCACCCUGGUCAACUGCACCAACAGCUAUGAUAAGAAAGACAUCUUACCUGAAAUGGUGCAGCUGGCCAAGUUCUCCAAACAGCACGUGCCCGAGCAGCACCCAAAGGAUAAGAAGGAUUUCAUUCAAAAGCGAGUGAAGAAGAUGUUGAAAAAUGGAAUCACAUCAGCUCUAGCUGUCAUGGUCAAAGCAGACAGCUCCAUUCUGACCGAUCAGACGAAAGAGAUGCUUGCACGAGUGUUUCUUGCCUUGUCAGAAGAUACUAAAGAUCGUGGCACAAUCGUAGCCCAAGGCGGAGGCAAGUCUUUAAUCCCACUAGCCCUUGAGGGAACUGACAAAGGGAAAAUAAAGGCCUGUCAUGCACUGGCUAAGAUCGCUGCUGUCUCCAACCCUGAAAUUGCCUUCCCUGGGGAGAGGGUGUAUGAAGUUGUGAGACCACUGGUGUCCUUGCUAGGCACAGAUCGAGACGGCAUGGAAAACUUCGAAGCGCUUCUGGGUCUCACAAAUCUUGCGGCCUUAAAUGACAAACUUCGUGUGAAAAUCCUGAAAGAGAAAGCCCUUCCUGAGAUUGAGAACUACAUGUUUGAGGAUCACGAUCAGCUCAGACAGGCUGCAACAGAAUGCAUGUGUAAUCUGGUUUCCUGUAAAGAGGUUCAAGACAGAUACCUGGAAGAUGGUAAUGAUAAACUUAAGCUGCUGGUUCUGCUCUGCGGUGAAGACGAUGAGAAGCUACAGAGAGCGGCAGCCGGCGCCCUGGCAAUGCUCACCGCCGCACAAAAGAAAAUCGCAGAUAAGAUAACCAAAGUGACUGGGCAGUGGCUUGAAAUCUUGCAGAGACUUUGUCUCCAUGAAAACCCUCAAAUUCAACAGAGAGGUUUUGUGACUGUGUAUAACAUGCUUGAUGGGGAGGAGCAGAUAGCCAAGAAGUUGAUCGAAAGUGAAAUGCUGGAAAUCCUGACAUAUGUGGCAAAGCUAGUGGACAACCCUAAGAGACAAGAUGCUAUUGAUGCUGCACGUUCCUGCCUGUCCAGAGCCAUGGAUAAUGGACUUAUAAAGCCUUUUUCUAAUUAAAACCGAAAUAAUAUUCAAUUGUGAGAUGUUAUUAGAUGAAUGGUCUGCUUUCUGGGAAAGUGGAAAGACUGCAAACCAUUUGCAAAAUGUUGUAUUAUCCUUUUUUAUUUGAUUUAGUUUUUGGUUUGUGUGGCUGUUUGUUAAAUCCAGGGUCUUGCAUGUCUGUAUUUAUUUAACAUUAUCAGUUUAUAUUUUGUGUAUUUGCACUUGUUACAUUUUGAUUUACAGAUAAAAAAUGUUGUUGGAGAAAAUGUGCCUGGAGUGUUU